AUGGGUUCAAAUGGUAUUGAGAGGCUUGUAGGUAACGAGAGGUAUUCAAAGAUGCAAGGAAUGAAGGUUUUGCUGGUUGGAGCGGGUGGAAUUGGGUGUGAGUUGCUGAAGAAUUUGAUCUUGAUGGGGUUUGGGGAGAUUCAUGUUGUUGAUUUGGAUACAAUUGAUAUGUCUAACUUGAACAGACAGUUUUUAUUUCGUCAGCGAGAUAUUAGGAAGGCUAAAGCGACGACGGCGGUGCGGGCGGUUGAGUAUUUUAGUAAUUCGAAAUUGGUUGCUCAUCAGGGCAAUAUUAUGGAUAGCGAAGUGUUCCCUUUGUCGUGGUUUAAGCAGUUUAAUAUUUUGUUCAAUGCUUUAGAUAAUUUGUCAGCUAGGAGGUAUGUGAAUAAGAUGUCGCAGUUUUUGAAUGUGCCUCUUUUAGAGUCUGGAACUGCAGGAUUUGAUGGGCAUAUACAACCGAUUAUUCCUGGUAAAACCGAGUGCUUUGAUUGCACGGCGAAGGAAACACCCAAGACAUUUCCUAUAUGUACGAUUAGGUCGACGCCCUCUCAGUUGGUUCAUUGUGUCGUUUGGGCGAAAAACUUCCUUUUCCAACAACUGUUUGGUGGUGGCGAACAGGAGAUGCCUUCACAAGAAGAUAUGGGUACCAACGAUCCCUCAGAAAUCGAACGCAUUAAUCAGGAAACGGAUGAAUUGUACCAACUCCACGAGUGGGUGCAAUAUGGUGACGAAACCAAAGUGUAUGAUAUUAUCAAGAAGUUAUUUGUUCAUGAUAUUGAAAAAUUAUUGAUGAUUGAAAACUUGUGGCGCACCAGGAGGAAACCUGUUCCAUUAGGGAAUGUCCAACCCUACAGCGAGGAUAUUAAUAAUGAUCACCAUGCUAUGUGGAGUUUACAAGAUAACAUUAAUAAGUUUGCACAGAGCACGAAGAUCUUAAUGAAACGACUGAAGUCAGAAAAAUCGCUUGAAUUUGAUAAAGAUGACCAAGAUAUGCUAGAGUUUGUUGCUAGUGCUGCUAAUACCCGCGCACAUAUUUUCAAUAUCCAAAUGAAAACAGUUUUUGAUAUCAAACAAAUUGCAGGUAAUAUUAUCCCUGCAAUUGUAACUACGAAUGCGAUUAUUGCAGGUUUAUCCUCAUUGGUCUCCCUUCGUGUUUUAAACCUGCUUGAUAUUAUAAGUAAUGGUCCAACUAAUAUUCCAAUGGCAUUUACUGCAAAAGCUUCAAAUAUGUCGUCCCAUAGAUAUUUAGUAGCACCACUAUUAGCUCCUCCAAACCCUAAAUGUCCCGUUUGUUCUCAUUACCAGAGGACGGUGAUAACACUCAAUCAGGAGUCAUGGCAAAGUAUGAAGCUGGGCGAUCUUAUCAAGAAGAUUAGAGACAGGUAUGGAUUUUCAGAAGAGAUGUCAGUUAUGGAUAUGACAUCAAACAGACUUUUAGCUGACUUUGAUUUUGAUGAUUUAUAUUCUCAAACUUUACAAGGAUUACGUUUGAAUAUUGGAACCAUUCUGGCAGUCUCUGAUUCUAUUUCAAAAGAAGAUGAUACAGUUAGAAAGCCGAUAGAAUUUUACUUAGAAUUGGAUAACCUUGUGAACGAAAUAGAUUUUCCUGCACUACCAUUGGUUAGAGUCAUCCAAGAAGAUGAAACUGAAAAUCCAGAAGAACCCAAAGUUGAUGAUGGUGAACCCAUAUUCGUGGAUAAUGGCGCUAUAUUGAUCGAAGACGAAGAAACAAGGGCCGAAGUAGAUAAACAACGUAAGAGAGCGUAUAGUAAUGUGGAAAAUGCCUCAAUUACUAAACGGCCCAAAGUAGAUGAAGCGGAUGCUGCAAUUAUAUUGCUUGAUUAA